AUGCCGUCUAGUUCCUACCCUCCGAAAAAGAUUAUAUUUCCAAGAACGACGUUCACCAACGCCCAGCGUCUUCAAAUAUGCAAUUAUCGCGAGCAGCAUCCUAGUAUAACGCAAAAUCAACUUGCAUUAUGGGCUUAUGAGACGUUUGACCUUCCACGCAAACCGUCGCAAGCCAUGAUCUCUAAACUCCUCAAAAGGAAACCUGACUUUGAAAGUAUGACAACUGAGGAAUUAACAUGCAAGUCUCGACGCACUGUGCGUUUUCCUCGUCUGGAUAGUGCAUUAGCUAGAUGGGUUUUAUACUGUGAGGAAACAGGAAUGCCUGUGACGGGAGAGUCCAUCCGACUGAAAGCAGCAACAUUUGCUGAAAUUUUGCACAUUGACACUCCAUUGACAUUUUCGAAUGGGUGGCUCUACAAAUUCAAUGAACGUCAUGGAUUUGGGGGUUUGAAAUCUCAUAAAGAGAAAAAAGCGUCGAUUGAACAGGCGAUGAGUGAUCUGCAACGUCGACUUCAGACCUUUGAAGCGAGGAAUGUUUUUUGUAUGGAUGAAACGGGGCUACUUUUUACCAUGUUUCCAGAUCGAUCCGGGAAACGGACAAGCAAAAGGCUGACAAUUGGAUUCAGUUGUAACGCGGAUGGAUCCGAGAAACUACCACCGUUGUUUAUUGGAAAGGCUGAAAAGCCGCGGGGUUUCACAAGCUCGACUGCAAUAGAGAUGAACUAUACGCACAAUUCAAAUACGCUAAUGACGCGAGAGAUUUUUACAAAGUGGAUUAAAGAUGUGGACGCCAAGUUUGAUCAACAACAGCGCAAAACUCUACUGCUCAUUGAUAAUGCAGUGGUUCAUGCUGGACUUAACGCUGAGGAGCUGAAAAAUAUCGAGGUGGUCUUUCUUCCGCCGAGCAAUAUGCAUCCUCUUUCUUCUGGAAUCUUCACCGCUUUCAAAAGACGUUACAGACAACGACAGAUCCAGUAUGUGCUCGAUCACCUUGAUGCUGAUACUGAUGUUAGCACAGCUGCCAAGUUCGACAGUGUUGGUUUGAGACAAGCGCUGUCUUGGUGUAUCAGUUGUUGGGACGCAGUGCCUUCCUCGGUAAUCGUACGCUGCUGGCAGGGUACUGGUCUGAUGUGUGCAAACAAUCCUGAUCAUACCUACGAAUGCCAUGGGGAGGAAGACACAAUAUCAGAAGAGCUGGCGGUGAUGCUGUCCUGGUUGCAUGCGGCGGACCCGCUCACAGUGGAUGAACUGCUUAAUCUGCCAGAAGAGUAUGUGAUAAUGGAUGAGCCCACGAACGAGGACUUUUGCGCUGCUGUGGAGUCCGAAAAAGUUGUGGUUCAGCAGAAAAAAACUAAAGCCGCGGAUGCUAACGAUAGCUUGAGUGUUCAUGAGCUCAGGCAGCGUCUCAAAUGGAUCGCAAAGCUCCUAAUUUAUGCAGAUGAAAAGAACAUUCCUGCGGAAUCCAUGACCGGUAUGCGCAUUCUGCAGCGUGAUUUCCGAGACCAACUCAACAAGAGGAGUCCGGGUUCUAGUUUGCUGCCUCGUUGCCAAAAACCUGUGCACCAUUUUUGCAGUUCUUAA